AUUUGCAAGAUGGUCCCUCUGAAACUAAAGCUUGCAAUUUUCUGGAUAUACAAAUUAUCUUUUCAAACCCAGUGGAUGAGUGCAAGCACCAAUGGCGACAGCACUUCCGUCAAUAAGAUAUCAUUGCUCUCUCAUUCCAAAUCUCGCGGUCUUUAGGAAUAAUGCUCUCGAAUUGUCUGUUACUUCCCAUAAGAAACCUAAAAUGUGCUGUACCAUGAGGAAAACAACUGCUAGUCUGACUGAUUCUUCGCAAAUUGGGUUUUUGAGGAGGGAUAUAAUGCUCGCAGGAUUUUCUUCCUCACUCUCUCUAAUUUUGCCAACUUCAGGAUCUAGUGCUGAGGAAGAGUUGAAAAUGGACUUUUUCGUUGAUGAUAUUAAUGCUUAUUCGUAUAUGUAUCCGAAAGAAUUGCCGUCUGAUAAGUUUGUCUUCAAAUGGGUGGAAUCUAGAAAGCCGGAACGUUAUUCUUCAGCUGCACCACUGUCCCCUGAUGCACGCCUUCGCAUUGUAUCCGAGAGGGUUGAUUUUAUUGAUAAUCUCAUAAUCUCAGUUUCGAUAGGACCCCCCAAUUCACUUUUCUUGAAAUCUAAAGACACAAGUACGUGGAGCGCGAAAGAUGUUGCUGAUUCCGUUUUAGCUGACAAGUCUGCUCUGCGGGUUACCUCAAGUCAACGAAUGGACGAAAGUUCAGUCCUUGAUGCACAUUCUUCCAUAGAGUCGAACCUUUAUCGACAUUUUGUAGCCUCAACAGCUGCACGUGAUGAUUAUUUGUACACUCUCAGCGCUUCAACUUUGAGCAAGCAAUGGGAUAAAGUAAGCACAACUUUUGCUAAGAAUCAUUGGAAUUUUGAUUCAUGGGACCUGUCUUGGAGAAGAGUGUGGCGUCUUUUCGGCUUCUCCCUCCUACAGAAAAUUAUGUACCUCCUUACAAGGAUCCCUGGAGAUUUUGGUGAUGGGUUUGAUGUUUUUUAUUGGUCAUCUCUCGGAAUCAUGUGUAUUUGUAAUCAAUAUUGUUUUCUUGGCUGAGGAAAAUCAAACGUUGUAGUUUUUCGGAUUAGUUUUGAUGCGUAAAACAAUUCAGCACUUAGUUUUGAGAGCACUUAGUUUUGAGAUCAUUAAUAGGUUGCCAGAAGAUUUGUGAUGUGCAGUUGCACCUCAAUCAAGUUCUCCUAGAGACCUGCAAAGAUGCCGGGAGAUUUUCGAUAAACAUCCGACGCUCAAGUCAAUAAAGUGAUAUAGAAAAUUGUAUGGAAAUAUACUGAAAGCUCAGAAUAUAUAAAGUGUGAUUAUAGAAGAUUAUUAGCUUCCUGAACAAGUUUCUGCAUUGCCAGACUUCCCGAAGGCUUGCCCAACUGCCCAAAAGGGCUGUUAUUUAGCUCAUUUUGGUCCGUCCAAUUAUCUAUCUCUUUUAUUCAUAGCCCUACAUGAGUCCCUAGGUCAGCCUACACGUGUCCUUGGGCUCGACCUCUUUUGUAGGUCGGCCUUCUUCCUAACCAGAUCAUCUAUCAAUCUAUCGAAUGC